AUGGCCGAAGAAGGAUUGGAAUUCGAAUACCGGAAGAAAUUACAGGGAAUUGAAUUCUGGGACAUGCACGACUUGAUCAACAAGGUGGACCGAUACGCAUCCUUGUUGAAAGAAGAGGUGCAGAAGAGGACGGCUUCAAAAGGGACUUACUAUCGGAAUCCCGUUGUCAGCUAUGCCGAAGCAGACAGCCCCACAGAGGCCGAGAGCGACGAAGUUGAGAUGAGCUCAGCCGAGGUCAGCAUAGACAAGCCAUUCGUCUGCAAAGGACUUGUCAAGGCCGACAAUAGUCGCACAAAGAUUCCCGACGCCAAGUUCGCAACUCGAGAAAUGAAGGCUUACACUUUUGAUUUGACCAGGGCCGAAGCUAUCUUUGACCUACUGUUAACCGAGAAAAAGGUCAAAUUGUCCUUCGGCCAUAAAAUUCUGAAACCCGAAGUGCUCAAAGGAAAGACGUUCUGCAAAUGGCACAGUUCUUGGUUUCACAACACCAAUAACUUCGUUGUUCUACGAGACGUCAUCCAGAAGUUAAUAGACGAAAAAAAGCUCCAAUUCCCGGAAAAGGCGGCCAUGCAAGUCGACUCUAAGCCAUUCCCUCCGCCUGUCAUCAACAUGGUCAACGCUCAGCUCUGGGCCGAAUAUAGGGAAGUUCAUCGGUCUGCAGAAGGAAAGGAGCCGUUGGUACCGUGCACGGCCUGGGGGGCAGCACCGAACCGCUGA